CUUCCCAACCUCAGCUUCGGAGCUGGCUUACAAGCUGAGCUUCGGUUAUUGUUCGAAUCCUCUACUCUUGAGAGAGAGAGAGAGAGAGAGAGAGAGUCUCAACCCCGUUAAACCGUCCAAGUGUUCAAACUCGAUGGCCUUCUGAUCAAGAACCCUAAAGCCCCUCUUUCUUGAUUUCGAUGCAAUAGAAAUUGAAUUCUUGAUCAACAAAGAUCGUCGUUGAUUUAGGGCUUGAUCCGUCUGUUUAUUGGCUCUGAAGGUUAAUUCCUCUCAAUUUCGGAUUGGUUUUCUUUGACCUGGAAUAAUGGCGUUGAGCAAUUGGGAAGCAGAUAAGAUGCUUGAUGUGUACAUUUAUGAUUAUUUGGUGAAGAAAAAAUUGCAUGCAACCGCAAAGUCAUUCAUGACUGAAGGAAAAGUUGCCCCGGAUCCAGUAGCCAUCGAUGCUCCCGGGGGGUUUCUUUUUGAAUGGUGGUCUGUCUUUUGGGACAUCUUUAUUGCGAGAACAAAUGAUAAACAUUCUGAGGCUGCUGCAGCAUACAUAGAGGCACAACAAAUCAAAGCAAAAGAGCAACAUCAGCUGCAAAUGCAGCAGUUUCAACUUAUGCGUCAAGCUCAGUUGCAACGAAGGGAUCCUAAUCAUCCUCCCCUUGGUGGUCAGCUAAAUUCUAUUGGAUCUGAAGGAAUGCUUGGGCAAUCUACUGCUACUGCAUUGGCAGCUAAAAUGUACGAGGAACGUAUGAAACACCCUAAUCAAAUGGACUCAGAUACAUCCCAACCCCUCAUUGAUGCUAGGAUGGCCCUUCGACAAUCAGCAAACCAUCCUGGUCAGUUGGUCCAAGGAAACACUGGUAGUGUAAAUGCAGCAUUCCAACAAAUUCAGGCCCGAAAUCAACAGAACCCUGAAAUCAAAAGUGAGAUGAGCACUGCUCAGAGAUCUUUGCCUAUGGAUCCUUCAUCACUCUAUGGGCAGAGCAUGAUGCAGUCAAAACCUGGCAUAGGGAAUGCAGGAUUGAACCCAGGAGUCAGUGGUCUUCCUUUAAAGGGGUGGCCCUUAACUGGCAUUGACCAAUUUCGGCCAGGUUUAGGUCCACAAGUUCAAAAGCCAUUCUUACAAAACCCAAGUCAGUUUCAGCUCCUGCCACAACAACAGCAACAGCAACUGUUGUCACAAGUCCAAGCACAAGGCAAUCUUUCUAGUUCGACUAUCUAUGGUGAUAUGGAUCCUCAAAGGUUUAGGGGGUUGGCUAGGGGAACUCCAAAUUCUAAAGAUGGCCAACCAGUUGCAAAUGAUGGAUCUAUAGGUUCUCCGAUGCAGUCGACUUCAUCAAAGAUGAACACGCCACAAAUGCAACAAUCUUCUUCUCAGCAACAACAGGACCCUUUGCAGCCCCAGCAAGUACAACAGACUAAUCGAAAAAGGAAAGGACCUUCAUCUUCUGGACCUGCUAACAGCACUGGUACUGGAAAUACAGUUGGUCCUUCACCUAACUCUCAACCAUCUACUCCAUCGAUUCAUACCCCUGGUGAUGUAGGAGGAAUGGGAAGUAAUAUCCAGAAUGUUAGUAGCAUGUCAAAAGGUUUGAUGAUGUAUGGUGCAGAUGGAACAGGUGGUCUUGCAUUGUCAACAAAUCAACUGGACGAUAUAGAACAGUUUGGUGAUGUUGGCUCCUUAGAAGACAAUGUGGAAUCUUUUUUAUCACAUGAUGAUGGAGAUGGAAGGGAUUUGUUUGGUUCAUUGAAACGGAACCCAGAACAUGCAGCUGAAGCGGCAAAGGGUUUUUCCUUCAAUGAAGUUGGUUCAAUACGCAAAAGUAAUAGUAAGGUUGUCUGCUGCCAUUUCUCUUCAGAUGGGAAGUUGUUGGCCAGUGCUGGACAUGAUAAGAAGGUUGUUCUUUGGAACAUGGAGACAUUGCAAACUGAGAGCCUUUCGGAGGACCACACUCAGAUAAUAACAGAUGUUCGGUUUAGACCAAAUUCAACACAGCUGGCAACAUCUUCAUUUGAUGCAACAUUGCGACUUUGGGAUGCUGCCAAGCCAAGCUUUGGCUCACAGGUGUAUGCUGGGCAUACCUCACAGGUGAUGUCACUUGAUUUUCACCCCAUGGAGAUGGACCUUUUCUGCUCUUGUGAUGCCAACAAUGAGAUCCGCUUUUGGAGGAUCAGUCAGCUUAAUUGCACUCGUGUUUCCAAGGGUGCUUCAGCACAGGUAAGAUUUCAGCCAAGAAUUGGUCAAUUAAUGGCCGCAGCGGCUGGGAAUAUUUUGUCUGUCUUUGAUGUUGAGAAGGACAGACGGACACAUGCAUUUCAGGGUCACUCCACAGAGAUACACUCUGUUUGUUGGGAUACAAAUGGAGAUCUUUUGGCAUCUGCGAGUCAAGAUUCUGUCAGAGUGUGGUCAUUAGCCUCUGGAGAGUGCAUUCAUGAGAACAGUUCCAGUGGAAACAUGUUCCAUUCUUGUGUUUUCCAUCCUGGCUACUCAACUCUUCUGGUCAUUGGAGGAUACCAGACAUUGGAGCUGUGGAACUUGACUGAGAAUAAACGUAUGACAAUUGCAGCUCAUGAGUGUGUUAUAUCAGCAUUAGCACAGUCACCAAGGACAGGGAUGGUUGCCUCGGCUAGUUAUGACAAAUCUGUUAAAAUUUGGAAAUAAACUCUUCCUGACUUUCGACUUCAACCCUCCAGUUUCAAGUCUACUGGCCCUUUCAUUCUCCACUGCAGGAAAACUCUUUGAAUAAAAGAAGAAACAUAAGAGUGAAAGCUUACCUUGUAUUUAAAAUUUGAUCUAAUAUUUGUUUUUAUAAUUUUUCAUUAUUUACUUCAUAUGUAAUAAGAGAGGGUGUUGGGUUUCUUGGUUUAAGGUGGUGGUUUAAGUUUCAAGUUUGGCUGUUAUGAAAUUAUAAGUUUAUGCUACCAUGUCAAAUCUGUAAAGGUCUUUUUGCCC